AUGGAGUACGAGCGCAUUGAGAAGCCGUUCCCCGUCCAGGGCGGCGGGUUCUCGCCCAAGCGCCUGCGCGCGAUGCUGCUGGGGGUGGACAAGCGCCGCAAGGGGCAGCAGGACGGCGGCGCCGACGAGGAGGAGGACGACGGCGGCGGCGACUAUGGCGUCGUGCCCAAGGACCACGCCAGAUCCGACGCCGGCGACGGUGGCGGAGGCACUGUGUGCGAAGAAUACAAGGACGUCGACGUGGUGAGCACCAUCUCAGAGUCCUCAUCCUCCCUGGAGACAGGGGGCGGGCACCGGUCCCGAGACGCCCACCCCGUCCCCAUGGGCUCUAGGAUCAGGGUGCCCGAAGAGGACUCGUGCGACUCCGAGAGCGUGGCGUCCAACUUUGAGUUCCACAAGGAGCGGGGGGCCACCGCCCGGUCAGCGGCGGCAUCGGUCGUCCCUCCAUUCUCAAAGCCUGCACCAUCAAAGUGGGACGAUGCACAGAAAUGGAUCGCCAGCCCGACGACAAACCGUCCUAGCAGGGGUGGCGGUGGGGCUCCUGUACCUAAGAAGAUAGAGAAGCCUAGCGCUGGCAUCGGGAGGUUGCCAGCGACCAAGGUUGUGUUGGAGGCCACAGAGGAGAUAGAUACUAAGAGGAUUGAUCCAAGCCAAGAGAAGAGGGAAAUUGGGUGGCAGAAAGCGGUGAGUUGGGCGCCGCCCGACCCCUGUCCGGAAGUGGAGCCUUGUCCAAAGACUACACUUGCUGCAGAAAGUACAAUGGCUGCUUCGGCUGUUACUUUUAACCGUCAUGAUGCAUCCACCACGCUUCAAAGUGCAACAACAUGCAUACCUCCUCCAUCGACAGUUCGGUCAGUGUCAAUGAGGGAUAUGGGCACAGAAAUGACUCCUAUUGCAAGCCAAGAACCAUCUCGGACAGGAACACCGGUGAGAGCAACGAGUCCAAAUUGUUCUCGGCCAACAACUCCACGAAGGACGUUAGGCCCCAAUGCAAUUAGUGCUGUUAUCAGCCACGGAGAAUAUAGCAAUUCGGAAUUAAGUGAACAGGAACUGCAAACAAAAACUAGGAGGGAGAUAAUGCUUCUUGGCACACAGCUAGGUAAGACCAAUAUUGCAGCAUGGGCAAGCAAGAAGGAAGAGGAAAAAGAUGCAUCACUUUCACUGAAAACAGUGCUCGUGGACCAAUCAACACAGAACAUAACUGCAAUCCGUGCAGCUGCAUGGGAAGAGGCAGAGAAGGCCAAAUAUUUAGCAAGAUUCAAACGAGAAGAGAUCAAGAUCCAGGCUUGGGAGGAUCAUCAGAAAGCCCAAAUAGAAGCUGAAAUGAGAAAAAUUGAGGUUGAGGUGGAGCGGAUGCGUGCCCGUGCACAAGACAAGCUGAUGACCCAGCUCGCAUCGGCGAGGCACAACGCAGACGAGAAGCGUGCCGCUGCAGAGCUGAAAAGGAACCGUGCAGCUGCAAGGACGGCUGAACAGGCAGAGCACAUCAGGAGAACCGGCCGGGUGCCGCCUUCGUUUGGCUGCUGGAACUGGUGCUCGUAG